AUGUACUUCCGGCCGCCGCCCAAGGGCCCGGAGUGGUACGCCGGCGAUGCGGAGACGGGGCAGGCGGCGCACCUGCUGUACCCACUGAUGCUGGAGGACUCGCGCCUGCGGUGGGCCUUCAUCCGGAAGGUCUACAGUAUCCUGUCCAUCCAGAUGCUGCUCACCGUCGCCGUCGCCGCCGUGGUCGUGUACGUCCGCCCCGUCGCGCGCUUCUUCGUCUCCACGCCCGGCGGAUUCGGGCUCUACAUCUUCCUCAUCAUCCUCCCGUUCAUAGCUUCGCCGUCGGCCUCACCUGCGCCUUCACCAAAGGGAGGUGAUCCUGGAGUCGGGGAUCCUGACGGCGGUGGUGGUGCUGAGCCUCACGGCGUACACCUUCUGGGCGGCGAAGCGCGGCCACGACUUCAACUUCCUGGGCCCGUUCCUGUUCGCCGCCGUCAUGAUCCUCAUGCUGUUCGCGCUCAUCCAGCUCUUCUUCCUCUCGGCCGCAUCUCGCUCAUGGUCUACGGCGGGCUGGCGGCGCUCAUCUUCUGCGGAUACAUCAUCUACGACACCGACAACCUCAUCAAGCGCUACUCCUACGACGAGUACGUCUGGGCCGCCGUCGCGCUCUACCUCGACGUCAUCAACCUCUUCCUCUCCCUCCUCACGCUCUUCCGGGCGGCGGAUUCGUGA